CUCGCCCCCGCGUAAGCGUGGAACGUCGUAGGGGGGGAAGGCUGGAAUCAAUUCUACAAGCUCAAUCCAUUGCUACUAUAAGUGUAUAAAGGUUAAUGCUGCCUUCGUGAAAGAGCGGUAUCUAUCUCAUCAAACCAACUUUUGCUCGGUCUAACCUUCGUUCCACUGUCAUAAUGCUCAUCCCGAAGUCUAAUAUGGCCAUUGUUGCCAUUACCCUUUUUUUCUCAGCUGCUUCCGCCUUAAACGCAUCCUGUGCUCCCGGUGGCAAUUUUGACCUCAGCAAAUUCGUUCUUCAGUUGCCAAGCGGCAGCACCAACAAUCCAGAUCAAAUCCCUGCCUCACGCCUCGAGGGUUGCGGUGGCUACCAAGAUCCUGGCCACCAUUACUUCUUCACCGAGUCUGGCGAUGGUGCCAUGGUCAUGAAGGCUCCUGGAGGAGGAAAUUGUGCUACCUUCCCAGGUGCACCGCGCUGCCGCUCCGAAUUUGGCGAGACUAAUCCAUGGAGCUCUAGUGCUGCAACCAACCGCCUGACGGCUGACCUCCUCGUCACCAGUGGUAGCAGCAUCUGCAUUGGCCAGGUGUUCCAGUCAAACUCCAACAACAAGCCUCUUGCUGAGGUUUACUAUAACGGCAAUGGCCAAAUCACCGUCGGUGUUGAGUUUGUUGCAACUGGGGGUCAGGGCCAGGACUUGAACAAGAUUGGCACUGUCUCUCCUGGCAGCCGAUUUAAUUAUGAGAUGCGCUUUGAGAGUGGUACGCUCCAAUUCUCUCUUAACGGUGGAGCAUUCAAGACCCUGAAGCAAUACUUCACUACAGACAAGGCCUUUUUCAAGAUGGGCAACUAUAAUCAAGGUGGCGACGACUCUGAUAUUCAUGUCUUCGGCCUUGCUGUUCAGCACUAGAUAUUUCCCGUUCAAUAAAAGAACUAGAGCUCAACUGGGUGCAAACACAGUACUCAGCUGUUAAAGAAUUACAUAGAGCAUGCUGUUACGAACCAACAGCCCAUCAGUGCCUUUUUGUAUUAAUUUAUACUUUUUCUAAAAGUAGUAUAAAUAUAAACUUAUAUAUCACGAUUUGUAAUGCC